GGAAAAUUAGAACAAAAACAAACACGAAAAAAUCAUGCCAGAUAACAGAGUAAUGGAGAAUGAUAAGAGGAAGAACCACAGUCAUGCAAGUCUGCUCCUGAACUUAUCCUCUACUCAUGUCCAGCACGUGGAGAGUCCCGUCAGUGUGCGACGAAGUAACCAUUCCAUUCAUAACCAGAGCGGUGCGAAGACCAAGGACCAUGAUCAUGACCAGAACAGCUCGUUGCUCUCCAAUGAUUUUGUCCUGAUGCUGGAUUGCUCACCGACUUUGGAGGAAGUGUUCUGCGAAAGAUCUCCCGAGUACAGGAUAGCUUGGCUGUGGUUUAACAAGCUGACCACCAUGAGCUGCAAUACCCUCUACGACCUGCGCCUGCGCAACGCCUACAUGAGCCACUUCAUCGUCUGCCUGAACCAAAGGCGUUUGACUGGCAUUUUCGAGAACCCACCGCCAUCGGAGUUGAUUUGGGUCAACUUUUCAGAGAAUCAGCCAAAGGCCAACGAAAUGACGCAGCGUCCUUGCGACACGAAUCAAUCCCUUCCAGCUGCGCCGGUUUCUCCUUCAUCAUGUAGUUGUAGCGGACGCCGCUCAACGGAAUAUUCUGAUUUUCUUGGGAAUAGUCACCGUCCUUCAGGAGGAACCAUCACAUCCACACCCAAAUCGCCAUUGUCUAAAAGACGGCAGCUCCUGCGCUCUGUUCCCAUGACCAGUGACGAGGAAUUGCAACAGCUUUUUCAAAACAAGAAAGCCGAUUUCAACUUGAACCGCCCCACAUCCCAUGUCCACUUAGCCACCUGUCGUUCCCAAUCUUCGCCAGCUAAGUUUUUGGGCAGCAAGAAACGGCCAAAUGCCUUUCGGAGUGCGGGUAAAUCCCCUGAAGAGGCCAAGAAGCGGAUGGUCAAAUUGUUGGAGCUCAUCAGGAAGGAUCUGCGUGGUGAACCUGAUCUGGAAAACAAGGAUGUGUUGGAGGGUGAACUGAAGAGUUAUCGGAAGUUUUUCAAGAAGAACCUGCAGGAUAAUUCUGAUUUCGAGCCUCAUCCGGCUGGGAGUCCGAACUCGGAGCGCGUUCACAUGCUUCUCAAUAUGCAAACAGAUCUGAUCAGGCUGAUGAAAGAGGACUUUCCUAAUCUAUAAUGCUUAUUUAAAUUAUUAAAAGUGUCUAAGAAAAGGAGAAUAAAACCAUAUUUUAUUUAUAGAAAGAAAACUAUUUUGUUAGAAC